UUCAUAAACAGCAGAUAAAGUUCAGUGUUAUCGUGUCAUCUUCAUUUAUUAUUUAAUGCAUUAUUUAAGUAACCUUCCACAUAUUGCACUGUAUAAAUAAAUCCAUAUCUCAAAUAAACAAUGUAUAUAUAAAGAUUAGUUGCUAAACCCUCGGCAUAAUGCUGGUUUUAGUUAAAAUACCAAAGAUCAAGUUUCCGUCUACAGAUACAAGAUUUAUGUAAGAAAGGGGGCAAUUGAAAAUAUAUAUGUCCGACUAGAAUGUUCCAGCGAUUAUAAACAACUCACAGUGUAGUCGGAAUUCUGUUGUUGUUGCUAUACAGUAGAGUCUCUAUAUAAACAUACAUAUACAGAUGGGAUGUACACACUGAGUAUGUGAAAUAGGUGAUAAUGAAAGCUUCGCGUUAAUACGGACAAGUUCUAUAUCCUCUAGCUUGGCCGAAUCUCACAACUUAGAUGCAAGCAGGAAAACUCAGUUUUAUUGAAUAAUGAUUUUACUUCAGUCUCUGCGCUUCUUAAAGGCGAAGUCGAAUCACGAGUAUUGUUUUUUUGGACAACACAAUAAAUAAAAAAGGUGAUAAUUACAAUGUAGAUCGUGACAAUAGGGACAACGAUUCACGCAACCAAUCUGAAGACAUUUUGACGUUCAACAAUGGUCUGAAUCAAAUAUCUGAAUAAGAUUUACGCUGAUACGUCUGCAGCCGGCGACGUACAAUUACGCCCUAGGGCCUGGAUUAAACUAUUUGACUGGCUCUGCGCCGUUUUAACUAAAGUAGCAUGUGACAGAAAGAUCACCUUGAAACUUUUAUUUCUAUAUCAAACUAUAAAGAAAAUACAUCAGUAACUAAGCUAAUGGCUUGUUGUAUAAAAACUCUUUGGCAAGAGAAUUAUUCUUCGGUGGCAAAAUUCGAAUAAAUUGUAUUUUUAAAAAGCUGCAUUUUCCGCAACAGUAUUAGUUUGAUGCACUAUACACCACUGUUGCAAAUGAUUUAGUAGUCCUAGUGAUGUUGCAUAAUGUAGCAUGUACCAUCAGUAUAAUGUUUAGUAUAAGUUAAAUACCUUAUUUUUACCGAUACAGUAACUAACUCUGGAUGUUAUAUUUGGCGCAGGUUUUUCUACUUCUGAUUUUAAGUACUCUAGAGCUUUCGUGCUACGUUCACCCAGUGAGUGUUUUAAACGCCCGAAGUCUCAUGGCAUCAAAUGUUUCUACGAUGCAAUUUAAAGAAUCGAAAACUCAUGGUAGGCCAAAUAUUACACCAACGUGUGAAAGACUGGAAAAGUUUUACACUGAACUAAAUAUGAUAAUAGGGGUUUGGUGACCUGCUUUAAUAAAAAUAAAUAAAUUAUUGUUGCCAGGUGUAUUAUAAUAAUAAAUAUUUCAUUUCCGACAGAUUUUCAUAUUAAACCAACCAGAGUUUUGACGUCGCGUACAAAAAAAGCCUUUAUCCAAAAAAUGUAAUUUUUAAAGAACAUCUGUCAAGUUUUAAAGUCCUAGAUUGAAGUUAAAGAUGUAGCAGUUGGGUCAGCAAGACACUCACCAUCUAGACUGCGCGUUAUACAAAUGCAAUUCAAGCAGUGACUCGAACUGCGACACUGUCGGCAGAUGCAAAAACAAUUUCCGCAUGUGCUGCGACAGACUGUGCCACCACAAACAAGAUGUAUGUCCGACUACCCUGUUAAGAAACGGAAACGAAACAUACACGAACUACGUACAGAACUUGAACGAAUCGAUGUACAGAAACCACCUGGAACAAGUUAAAGCACUUAUCACUCGAUAUGCAGCAGAACGAGAAUGCUGGCCAGAAAAUAAAUGCUUGAACCAAACUACAUGUCAAUCUCAAUACCAGCAAUGCGAGAACGGGCAGUGCGUCAGCUUUUUAUCGGACUGUGUGAUGUUUUGGGAGACUCAAACUUACAUCCACGAUAAUCCAAACAUAACUUGUUACCCAGACGAGCUCUGCUUUAGAAACAACUGCAAAACAAAUUAUUGGAUGUGCGAUGAUGGAGAAUGUGUCCACGAACAUGUAGUUUGUCGAGGAGGCAACGAUUGUGGGGAUGGGAGCGAUGAAAAAUAUUGCAGUGGGAAUUGUUUUCCGCCGUUCCGGUGUCAGAAUGAUACUUGUAACCUGGGGUAUACAGCGUGUUCAAAUGGGGAAUGCAUAUUACAGGAACAAGUAUGUGAUACACUUAUAGACUGCGCUGAUGGCUCAGAUGAAGUGAACUGUUCAGGUUCAUGUUGGCCAGAGUCAGCAUGUAAUUCAGAUCUUACUUGUAAAUCGGGUUAUUUUGGCUGCGAUAAUGGCAAAUGUAUCGACGACUCUAACGUAUGUGACAUGAGAAGAAAUUGUGACGACGGCACAGAUGAAAUUCGAGACUGGCACGGUUUUAAAUGCGUUUUAGGAAAACAUUUCGAAACAUGUGUCCUGCCACAAGAACAAGCAUUCGACACCGUUGUCAGGUGCCGCGACCACGCUGACAAGUGCCAUACAAAUGGGACGUGUACCUGUUUUACCUGCCUAGACCAAAAGUUGAUAAUAUCGUCAAAGCAGCAGUGUGACGGAAUUAUCGACUGUUACGAUAUGUCGGACGAGUGUUUUUGUUUCGAGGAAACGGCAGCUGAGAAAAAAUGCAACUCUGUGUGUCUUCAUAAUAACAACAAUAACAGCAUACAGAACUCGGACAGUUGUGCUUGCGAAACCGGCAUGUUCGACUGUGGAGAUGGAAACUGCUUAACUACAAACCUAGUAUGCGAUGGUACACCUCAAUGCCCAAAUCAAAUAGAUGAAAUAGACUGCGCAACACAUUAUAUGAGCACUAUGAAAAUGACUGCUUGUCCUGGGGACGUAAACAAUAACAGUCUCAUACAAGCCGUGAUGUGCGACGGCAGGCCUGAGUGUUUUGACUUGUCCGACGAAUGUGAUGGAAGCUGCAAUGUAACCGCCCCGUUUUGCAACAUAAGGACGAUGUUUAAUUCUAGAAACGGACCGUUCGAAUUUCUUUGCAAUACUUUAAUUCUUUACUUUGAUGUUAAGGCGAUAUGUGACGGAAAAUGGAGCGACUGUGUUCCUCGAAUUGACUCCGAAGAACUAGGCUGCCCUGCCCGACACUAUUGCCAGAGUGGAGAUUCCAUUAGCAUUGAUAAAAACUUGCUCUGCGACGGGGUUUCUCAAUGCGAUGACAAGUCGGACGAAACAAACUGCACUGAUCGGUUUUUCUGCGAAAACGGUACCCCAUUUUCGGUCCCAAUGUCCAAAAAAAUGGACGGGAUAGCCGAUUGUACUGAUAUGAGCGACGAAUGCCCUAAAGAGCUGGACGAAAACGUCUUCUCGUCCCGAAAAGAUCUACUAGGGUCCGCCAUUUUUCGCGCUACGACCUGGAUUUUUGGAAUAGCUGCAAUAGUUGGCAACAGCGCUACUUUUAUCUACGCAGCUAAAAUUUUACGGAACUUUAAAUCCCUCAACCCGAUAACAAAGAUAAAUUACAUUCUACUGAUCAACCUAUCUGUUGCUGACGGUCUUAUGGGAAUUUAUUUAAUUAUAUUGGGAGCAAAAGGCCUCCAGUUUUCAGGGAAUUACUGCAGAUUUGACAAAUCUUGGCGCACAAGCUCGCAAUGCUCAAGUUUAGGGAGCCUCGCGCUAGUAUCUAGUGAAGCAACAAUCUUCAUUCUAGCUUUUCUUGCUACGUUACGCUUAUGCUCGAUUCUAAACCCUUUAAAAACAAAGAGAACAUCGACAAAAUUCCCAACUAUAUGCAUUGGAGUGGCUUGGGUGUUAUCUGUUUUUCUCGGCACAAUUCCGCGAUACCCAGCUCUUUCGGACUACUUCAGUUCUGCUGUAUGGAUGCCCACGAAACUGACAAAGUUUGACACUCAAAACAAAACGACCAUGGAAACUUUUGUACAGCGACUUUACGUUGCACAAAACACAACUCAGGCACCUCCUGCCUCCUUAUCUUGGCUUGCCAUGGAAAGUUAUAUUGACCAAAACUACCCAGAUGUUAAAAUAAAGGGCUACUUUGGCUAUUUCAGCGACAACAGUGUCUGCUUGCCAAAGUUUUUUGUCUCCCCGGGCGAGCCUGGUUGGGGUUAUUCAGUCAUAAUCAUUCUGUUUAACUUUUUCAUGUUUGUCUACAUCUGCGUCGCAUACUUAGUCAUUUCAAAAGCUACUUCAUCUCCGACUAUUAGACGACAUCGCUCGAAUCAACUACAAAAGAUGCAAAUGAGAGUAACUCGGCUGGUUUUGACAGAUUUUGCUUGUUGGAUACCAAUCUGCAUCAUGAGUUUUCUACAACUCGGUGGGGUAGAGAUACCAAACCAAGCGUAUGCAUUCAGCGCUGUCAUACUCCUGCCUAUUAAUAGUGCGUUGAAUCCUUUACUGUAUUCUGACAUCACUUAUAAAAAGUUCAAAAACUUUUUCGCAUCUCCGAAAAGAAGAGGGAAAGUCGUCAGCGUCGUGCAGUGCCGGAAGUCGGAGCAAGAUCGCUCCUCCAAUGAGGAAGAUGGAGCAAAAGCAUCGGAGCAAACGGAAGAGCAACAGUUUUGAUUUUUUCGCAAAUAUUAAAACUGAACAAGUUAUUUUACCAAAAAAACAAAAACGUGCUUUAGAAGAGUGCUCUUCAAGGGGGCAUUUAAAUGUUUUUAAUGUUUCGAAUGUAAAUUAAUUUAGUCGCAGUUCUAAUAAUGUGAUACUUAUGUUAAUUUAUACGUGUAUAUACUUUAUAUGUUAAUCUGAAUUGCAAAUAAAAUCGGGAAAUUACCCCAAAAAAAGAAGAGAAAUCUUGAAAACUUGUAUUAGAACAUUUUAUUUGACAAGUUUAAAAAAAUCCCGAAUGUUUAUAUUUCGUGGAAUGCUGUUGGGUAACGAAGAAAGGGGUCGAUUUUACACCAAAGUUCAGAUAGUACGAGCACCGUCCUAGAAUUUCUGCAUAGUAGACUCAGACUGGUCCAGUGUCGCGAAAAUCUGGUU